ACGUCAAAACACCAAGAACCCCACUUUAGAAAAUCUAAGACUGAAGAAAAUGAUUUGGCAUGACAUUUGAGUCACUACAUAUAUAAGUUCACACCCUUUUCUCCCUCCCAUUCUUUCUAACAUAUAAAAGUUAGUACUCUUUCAAUAAAAACACCACCAAUUACCAAUCCAUUUGUGGAACAAAAUUAUCAAACAUGAUGCGUGUCCGUGUUAAAUUACCAGGAUUUUGUAUGAAUCGAACUGCAGUCCAUGUUCGAGCGCGUAAUUCGCCUUCUCAGCUGUACAAGAAGGCGAUUGAUUUGAUCAAAUCCGAUGACAACAAGUCUGAAUUUUCCAGCAAAAACAGCAUUGAGAUGAAUUACAACACUGAUGAAUCGAAGACAGAUUCUGAAAAUGGGAUUAAUAAUAGAGUCAUGGUUAUGGUUGACACUAGUCUUGAAGCCAAAAGUGCUCUGCAAUGGGCACUUACACAUACUGUUCAAAGUCAUGACACCAUUAUUCUUCUCUCCGUAAUCAAGCCCACUCAACGAGGUGAAAAUGAGAACAGUGAAACUAAUCAGAGAGCCUAUGAACUUCUUUACUCCAUGAAAACUAUGUGCCAAACAAAGAGACCAGAGGUGCAAGUGGAGAUUGCAGUGGAAGAAGGGAAAGAAAAAGGCCCUGCAAUUGUAGAAGCAGCCAAGCAGAGAAAAGUAUCAUUACUGGUAUUGGGACAAAGAAAAAGAUCAAUAAUGUGGCGUUUACGCAGGAUAUGGUCAGGGAAAAAGUCUAAAAACAGAGUUGUGGAACACUGUAUUCAAAAUGCAAAAUGCUUGACAAUUGCAGUAAGAAGGAAGAGCAGGAAGUACGGAGGAUAUCUCAUUACUACUAAACGUCACAAGGAUUUUUGGCUCUUAGCUUAAUCAUAUUGUUUUUAUCAUUCACUGUUCAGAUUUAUA